CAUUACUUAACACUCUUAAAAGUCUUAAAACGAAACAAUGGCCCUUCAAGCUGCUUCUUUGGUCUCCUCUGCUUUCUCUGUUCGCAAAGAUGGCAAACUUAAUGCUUCAGCGUCAUCAUUUAAAGAGUCUAGUUUGUUUGGUGUUUCACUUUCGGAACAAAUCAAAGCUGAAAUCGUCUCUUCUUCAGUGAGAUGCAAGAAUUUGAGGAACAAUAAUGCGAUUAUUCGAGCUCAGGCAAUCGCGACUUCAACUCCUUCAGUCACAAAACCUUCCUUAGACCGCAAGAAAACCCUUAGAAAAGGAAACGUUGUUGUCACGGGAGCUUCAUCAGGGCUAGGUUUAGCAACGGCCAAGGCAUUAGCCGAGACAGGUAAAUGGCACGUGAUAAUGGCGUGCAGAGAUUUCCUCAAGGCCGGGAGAGCUGCUAAAUCCGCAGGGAUGCCUAGGGACAGCUACACUGUGAUGCAUAUGGACUUAGCCUCUUUGGACAGCGUGAGACAGUUCGUUGAUAACUUCAGGCGAGCCGAGAUGCCUCUUGAUGUGUUGGUUUGCAAUGCAGCGGUUUAUCAGCCAACGGCUAAUCAACCUACUUUCACUGCUGAAGGCUUUGAGCUUAGCGUUGGGACGAACCAUUUGGGCCACUUUCUUCUUUCAAGACUGUUGAUUGAUGACUUGAAGAACUCCGAUUAUCCGUCGAAACGUCUUAUCAUUGUUGGAUCCAUAACUGGAAACACUAAUACAUUGGCGGGUAUUGUACCUCCGAAGGCGAAUCUUGGGGACUUGAGGGGACUAGCGGGGGGAUUGAACGGGCUAAACAGCUCGGCUAUGAUAGAUGGAGGAGAUUUUAACGGUGCAAAGGCGUAUAAAGACAGUAAAGUCUGCAACAUGUUGACAAUGCAGGAGUUUCAUAGACGUUUCCAUGAAGAAACCGGCAUCACCUUCGCUUCCCUUUACCCCGGUUGUAUCGCGACGACAGGUUUAUUCAGAGAGCAUAUUCCUCUCUUCCGUACCCUCUUCCCUCCUUUCCAGAAGUACAUCACAAAAGGUUACGUCUCCGAGAUAGAGGCUGGGAAAAGGCUUGCUCAGGUGGUGAGUGAUCCAAGCUUGACGAAGUCGGGAGUGUAUUGGAGCUGGAACAAGAGCUCGGCUUCAUUUGAGAAUCAGUUGUCUCAAGAAGCUAGCGAUAUCCAGAAGGCUCGCAGAGUUUGGGAAGUCAGCGAGAAGCUAGUAGGCUUGGCCUAAAUAUUGAUAUCUCCUCUGUGUUUUAGCUUUUGGUUUGGCUUAAGAUGUGAAAUAAACAAAAGACUAGGUCACAUCUGCUUUUAAGUCAUUGAAUAAAAUAACUGUUACAUUAAAACGUUAAAAGUCCAAGUAGAAAAAUUAUUUGGAUUAAUUGUUUAAAAGCCUACGACUUGAGUUACUGAUAUCAAUUUGUAAAAGUGUAACAGUUCCAUGUUUUAAUCCAAUGUUUGUCAUAAGGAACGAGUCAAAGAUUAUGCCAGUGUAACUCUCGUAAUAAAUUUACCGUAU